CUUAUAGAGACCAUGCCUGACCAAUUGAAAGCACCCAAGAAGGGUUCCAAGAAAGCCGCCUCAAAGGCAACUAAGAGCGGCAAGAAGAGGAGGAGGACUAGGAAAGAGAGCUAUGCCAUCUACGUCUACAAAGUCCUGAAGCAGGUCCACCCCGACACCGGGAUCUCCUCUAAGGCCAUGGGCAUCAUGAACUCCUUCGUGAGUGAUAUCUUUGAGCGCAUCGCCGGUGAGGCUUCACGUCUGGCUCACUACAACAAGCGCUCUACCAUCACUUCCAGGGAGAUCCAGACCGCUGUCCGCCUGCUGCUGCCCGGAGAGCUGGCCAAGCACGCCGUGUCUGAGGGCACCAAGGCUGUGACCAAGUACACCAGCUCCAAAUAAACUGCUGUCUGAAAGAAACAACAUAACGGUCCUUCUCAGGACCACCCACCACCUCUUUAAGAGCCCAAUCCUGCUGCAUUGUUACAGGCUGGCCAAUACAAAUGAAUAAUUGUUUGUCAAUGUAUUACAAUUUAACCUGCUAAUGCUGAGACUGACAUCAAGUAAUUGAAGUGAUUAAUAAUGAGACAGACCUGACUAAAGUAUCAAUGCAGACAUGACUACAUACAAUACAAAUGCAACUGUUAGCCUACACUUACCAUGAUGCCUGAGAUGUUUCAUAAAUUUGCAUCACAUCCCGAUAGAACGUCUGUCACUGAUCAACUCCGUAAGGCUAGGUAGCCAGAAACGCCCUAUGAUUUUGGCAUAUUAUGUGUCAAUUGCACUACAUGUUAAGUACAUGCACAUAUAACUACUACUCCUGUCAACUGCACUUGCAGCUGUUUAUCCUGCUUGUGCAUGUGACCAUUGAAAUUCUACCAUGUGUGCAAUAUGCCUUUUAAUUACGUUUGUGGCGAUUGCUUGUUUGUUUCAAUGCACUGGAUUAUCUUUCUUUACUUUUCUCAUUGGCUUCUUGUUUAUUUGGUUUUAACUGGAACCUGAGUACAGGCAUGACAACGUUGAAUACAACUUGAACAAGGAUGGAUGUCCCAAAGUCAUGCUACUGAAGAAUAAAAAGUGAGACAUGCUACUGAAGAAUAAAAAGUGAGAC